AUGGGCCAGUUUUCCUCCACAGUGGGCCGUCUGAUCUGCGGAGUCCCCCAGGGGGCGCUCCGCAGACCGGUAGCUGUACAUGGAUUAAGACUGAAAAUGAGAUGCUCAUUUCGGCGACUAAGAAGAGAGCAGUGCGUCCUUUUCCUACUCCUGUCACUGCUGGCUCUCUGUUUCCUACUAUUGAAGCAAAACGUGCCCGUUGGAUCUUUGCAUCCUACAGCUCUUCCAGAUGACAUCCAGACAUUUCACACACACAAUAUUGACUGCUCGGCCAUAUAUGACAUGGACCCGAUGGAAGUGGGUAAAUCGCUGAUCAUCAGGAGGAAACAAAAUGUGGAGGACGCAGAUGAAAAGCUGAUUAAUCUCACCAAAAACUGCUCUUUAUUCAUCAAAUCCAGAGGUUAUGACAAAGUGUGCCUCACUGAGGAGGAGAAAGACUUCCCCCUUGCUUAUUCUUUAGUUGUGCAUAAAUCUGCAGUGAUGGUGGAGAGACUCAUCAGAGCAGUUUACUCACCGAAUAACAUCUACUGUAUCCACUAUGAUCAGAAGUCUUCAGCUCAGUUUACUGCAGCCAUGGAGGGUUUAGCACAGUGUUUACCCAACGUCUUCAUCGCCUCCAAGCGAGAAACCGUCUAUUAUACAACCAUCACUCGACUAAAAGCCGACCUGAACUGUCUCUCUGAUCUUUUGGCAUCGCAAGUCAAGUGGAAGUAUGUCAUCAACCUCUGCGGCCAAGAUUUCCCCCUCAGAUCCAACAUAGAGCUGGUGUACGAACUGAAGAAGUUAAAUGGCACAAAUAUGUUGGAGACGAGUCGACCGUCUGAGCAGAAGAAAGAGAGGUUCACCUUUCACUACGAGCUGAAAGAUGUCGACUCUACGUUUAAAAAAUCCCUGGAGAAAACGGAGCAACUUAAAACCCCGCCGCCUCAUGGUAUCGAGAUGUUCGUUGGCAAUGCCUACUUCGUCUUGUCACGUGACUUUAUUGUGCACGUGGACUCCUCCGUUGUGGUGAAAGAUUUUUUGGGGUGGUCAGAGGACACUUUCUCACCUGAUGAACACUACUGGGCCACACUUGUACGACUGCCUGGCGUACCUGGGGAAGUUCCCAGAUCCCAGCCUGAUAUCACUGACCUGAUGAGUAAGACCAGGCUGGUGAAGUGGCAUUACCUGGAGGAGAACCUCUACCCACCUUGCUCAGGAGAACACGUUCGCAGUGUGUGUAUUUAUGGUGCAGCGGAGAUGUAUUGGUUACUGAACUAUGGUCACUGGUUCGCCAAUAAGUUUGACCCCACGGUGGACCCCAUUAUCAUUCAGUGCCUCGAGGAGAAGCUGAAAGAAAAACAAAAGCUUUUCCAAUCAGCGGCAUCAACAACCUGUCGGAAGGGAUAA